GGGUUACAGAGUCAGAUUCCCUGCUUUGGAGGAGAAGCUGUGCCCUGGAGGAGUGAAGUCCAACAAAGGGGACCUAGAGCUCUGAAAUGACACUGAACCAAAUCCCAAAGAAUGUUCAAGCACAGAGGCCUCAUGCAGGGAACGGCAUGUGAGAGCUUGAUCUUCUGCGGCUCUGCUUUUCUUCUCAGACACUUUAACGAGCUGAGCACCAUUUGAAGGGGUGUCUUCAUUACGGCUUGUGAGGUGACAAGGAUUUCUCUAUAAUGAGAUGGAUUCUGGGAGAGGCUACCUUGGGAAAGAGAGUAAGGAGAUGCUAGUUGCAGAUAAGAAGGAAGGAAUUGGGGCCUGUGGUUGGAUCCUGGUUUCUCUUUCAGUCCUGUUCGUGCUUAUUACCUUUCCUUUCUCCAUCUGGAUGUGCCUGAAGAUUGUCAAGGAAUAUGAGCGUGCUGUUGUAUUUCGGCUGGGACGUAUAGUGUCUAAAAGAGCAAAAGGCCCAGGUUUGAUAAUAGUCCUUCCGUGUACGGAUGUUUUUACCAGGGUUGAUCUUAGAACUGUUACCAGUAACAUUCCCCUACAAGAGAUUCUUACGAAAGAUUCUAUAACUACCCAAGUUGAUGGAGUGGUCUACUAUAAAAUCUACAGUGCUGUCUGUUCAGUGGCUAAUGUCACGGAUGCCCAUUUAGCCACCAACCUGCUGGCACAGACCACUUUGAGAAAUGUUCUAGGCACCCAAAGCUUGUCCCAGAUCUUGUCUGGUCGAGAAAAGAUUGCCCACAAUAUCCAGUCUAUCCUCGAUAAUGCCACCAGUAAAUGGGGAAUCCAGGUAGCACGUGUGGAAAUCAAAGACGUCAGGAUCCCUAUGGAGAUGCAAAGAGCUAUGGCUGCUGAAGCUGAAUCAACACGAGAUGCUAGAGCUCAGAUCAUAGCAGCAGAAGGAGAAAAGAAUGCUUCUGAAGCACUGAAGCAGGCCUCCAUGGUGCUGGUUGAGGCUCCAUCAGCCCUCCAGCUGCGCUACUUGCAGACCUUGGCCAUGCUAGCUACUGAGAAGAAUUCCACCAUUGUCUUACCUCUGCCCAUGAAUAUGCUGCAGGGUUUUUAUAAACAAUAACAGGACAAAACCAAAUGGUGAUUAAGGCUCUUUUACACUGAAUUCUUUAGUUCGGAGAACUUUACAGGGAUUCGGAGAGGCAAGCCUGUGCAGAAUUAAUCAGAAUUAAUGUAGAAAGUACACUUUGAUAUCCUGCCUCAGGAGUAGGGUUAACUACACAGAGACCAUCACAAGCCAGAACACUGAAUCUGAAUGACCCCAAAUUUUUGAGGGAUUCAAAAUUCAGACAUCCAAAUUUUGUGGCUCAAGCUCAUCACUAAGUAAAAAAUAAAGAGACUUUUUGUUAAAAUACAGGUUAAACUGAGGUGCUCGCUUUUGAUGUUGUUUGAUUUUACAGAGUCACUCGUUUAGCAGGUAUGUGGUGAUUUGUCAGCUCACCAGGAGCCUGCCUCUAAAAGCUAAUACAGCCACUGCAUGCAGUAAAUAGGCCAGCUCCUGUUCUGUUACACUGGGGAUAAAUUUGUAGCAUCUCAGUUGAAAACACCAGUGUAGUGGCGAGAAGAAUGUCACCCAGAGGUAUUCCUUGAUCAUUACUGGAACCACCAAGUAAUUUAAGUCUAUGUAGCUCCUACAAAAGGACUUAGGUGCCUAUAUCCAAAAUUUAGAUGCCACCAGCCUUAAACCUCUCUCUCUCACCUAAGCCCCAGCAGGCUCCUCAAACUCAGUGGGCCCCCCCUCUGUUUCACCUAUGGGGGCCAAUACAGUUGGCAUGCACUGAGCAUAUUUAAAUCCACACAAAAUAACAAUGACCACAGAAAAUAGCAUGGCCUUCUCGGAACCUUUAGCCAGGUGGUAGGGCACUUAGCCAGGCCGUGGAAGACCUGGGGUUCUGUUCUCCCUCCUGACUGAUGGGGAGUAUGCAUUUGAACUUGGGUCUCCCGUUCCUGAAGGGAAUGCCCAACCAUUGGCCCUAGAGAAUUAUUUUCACUCUGUGUCUGUCCCAGUCCAUAUUUAAUUAUUUCUACACAGCUGAACAGCUUUAAUAGGCAAGAUUGAGAGACACCAGCACCAGAAUAUCCCAUAGCCCAGUGGUUAAAGCAUUCUCCUGAGAGGUAGGAGACGCAAUUUUGCAUCACUUCUCCACAGCUAGGGGAACUGAACCUGGGUCUCCCACAUCCUGAAGAAGUGCUCUGACCACUGGGCUAAAGAUCAUAAGCGGGGCUCCCUCUUGCAAAAAUCAAGUUAGGCCCCUAAUUCCAGGAGAGGGUUAAUGUCUGAGAAUCCCAAGCAGAGGGGCUUUCUGAAUGGGGCAGCAUUUAGACCACGCCCCUCUCCUUGGGAUGUGCUAAUGCCUGGCAGAGAUGACUCCUUGCUUAGCAUGCUGGGACCCAUUCUAACAAACUCUCCCCCCUCCAGUGUGUAGGGAGCCUGAGCCCCUAAUUCAGUGCUACAGUUUCUACUGGGUGACACGGCACCCAAAAUGUAGGCAUCGCAAAGCUGAGCGUAAGUCCCUUGGUGGAUCUAGUGCCUCCUUCUGCUCUUGCGCAGAUGUAAAUUAGCUGUAACUCCAUUGACUUUAAUGGAGUUUUCCGCAAGUGUAAGUGGAAUCAGAAUCAGGCCUUUGUGGUACUGGCAUCCAAACUAAUUGGCGCGCUGUACAAUAAAAGGAAGAGAAUGUAUUUCCAGUGGUUACAGGAGCAUUUCUUACACUUUUAGAAGCUGAGCCUACUUUCAGGAAAAUGAACCCAGUCAUCUGGGAUUAAAUACCUACACAUUUUAUUGUAUGCAUCUUCUCCCCCGCUCUGCACCCAGCUAGCCCUUUGUUUUCCCCAUGCCCCCAUAUUUGGGACACAUUGAUGUAGAUUUUUGUAAUAUGAGACUUUCUCUCCUUUCACACAUGCUGUGAAAUAGUCAACAUUGUAAAGUAUCAUCACUGGCAUAUGAGUUGACAUCCUUUGAUGU